CACCAGUUCAGCAAGCAGGAAGUUAGUAGAGAAAACUUUCCCGCGGUGUGCUAUUGUCACUUGUGGCCCCUUUACCACUGCAGCUAGCGAAGUAGUUCCAUAAAACACCAUGAGACGAACAAGAGGUUCCGCAAAUAAAAGUCAGAGUGCACCAGACAGUGAAGAAGUCCAGUCGAAAACAGUGUGGCAGUGGAAGGGAGAUGAAGGACAGUGGGAACCAUAUUCGCCUUCAGCCUGUGCCUUGUUGGACUCGGCUGUUUCUUCAGGGAAAACAUCUGUCACUCUGAGUCUGGGUUCGGGGACAGCCUACGAAGUUGAUCUAAAGAAGAUGUUCCAGAUUAACCCUGUUACUAAGUACAAGAGGAAAAUACGCUCUCAGACUGUAAAGCCAGAAAGUUCCAGUGAGGCUGGCGACGUGAAUACUCAGAAUAGCAAACCGGUUCAAGUUAAAAAGGAAGAGGAGGAGACGGAAGAGCAACCUGCAGCUAAGAGGAGGAGAGGACAAAGCAAGAAGCUGACAGAAAAGGAAGAAAUGCCCAAAGAAGAAAUAAAAAGCGAAGAGGUUGUGAAGACGGUGGUUAUGAAGGGCAAAGCUCCAGUGGACGCUGAAUGUAAAGCCAAGCUUGGAAAGGCUCAUGUCUACAAUGAAGGAAAAGAUGUUUAUGAUGUGAUGCUGAACCAGACUAAUCUUCAGUUCAACAACAAUAAAUACUACCUGAUCCAGCUGCUGGAGGACGACAGCUCAAAGGCUUACAGCGUGUGGAACAGAUGGGGCAGAGUGGGUAAAGUGGGUCAAAGCAGCCUCACAGCCUGUGGUGGAGACCUGCUGAAGGCCAAAGAUACCUUCAAGAAAAAGUUCUUUGACAAGACAAAGAAUGAGUGGGAGCAGCGAGACAGUUUUGAGAAAGUAGCUGGAAAAUAUGACCUGGUGUUCAUGGACUACAGCACGAAUGAAAAGGAGGAAAACCAGACCGUGGUGGAUGCUGCGCCCAAAAAGAAGACCUCCAAGCUGGAUGUGAAGGUUCAGUCUCUCCUGGAGCUCAUCUGUGACCUCAAAGCCAUGGAGGAGUGUGUGCUGGAGAUGAAGUUCGACACGCGGAAAGCUCCGCUCGGGAAGCUGACCUCAGAGCAGAUCCGUGCAGGUUACACGGCACUGAAGAGAAUCGAAGAGUGUUUGAAGAAGAAGGGCAGCAAUAAAGAGCUGCUGGAAGCGUGCAACCAGUUUUACACCCGCAUCCCACAUGACUUUGGGUUGAAAACUCCUCCAAUCAUUCGCUCAGAAGACGAACUGAAGGAAAAGAUUGCCCUGUUGGAGGCCUUGAGUGACAUCCAGAUAGCAGUUAAAAUGGUCCAGUCCAGUGAGGACAGUGAUGAACACCCUCUGGACAGACAGUACCACUCCCUCCAGUGCAAACUGCAGCCUGUUGAUUCCAGCAGCAAUGAGUACACGGUGAUAGAAAAGUAUCUGCAGUCCACUCAUGCUUCCACCCACCGUGACUACACCAUGACUGUCCUGGACAUGUUCUCUGUGGACAGAGACGGGGAGAGCGGCAACUUCCUCUCGCAGAUACACAACAGAACUCUGCUGUGGCACGGUUCCCGUCUCACCAACUGGGUCGGCAUCCUCAGUAAAGGCCUCCGAAUCGCCCCACCUGAAGCUCCCGUCACCGGUUACAUGUUUGGUAAAGGUAUCUACUUUGCUGACAUGUCGUCAAAAAGUGCCAACUACUGCUUUGCCAGCCAGAACAACAAGGUUGGGCUGCUGCUACUGUGUGAGGUCGCCCUGGGAGACUCCAACGAGCUGCUGGACGCCGACUACGAAGCCAACAAGCUGCCUGCUGGAAAACACAGCACCAAGGGCCUGGGCCAGACCGGACCUGACCCCAAAAACUCUGUCACACUGGACGGCGUGACGGUGCCGAUGGGCCCCGCGAAGAAAACCGGAGUGGGCAAAACCAACAGCUACUCGCUCCUCUACAACGAGUUCAUCGUUUACAAUCCUGCCCAGACUCGCAUGAGGUACCUGCUGCGGAUCCAGUUCAACUACUCUUCGCUGUGGUGAGGCUGCAGAAACGGUGUGCUGGUGUGGAAUCUGGGAAUCUCCUCUCCAUCCAGAUCUGUUGUUCAGCCAUUCUUCACGUGCACUUGGCUCCCGUGUAGCUCUUGCUUUUGGGGAUCGGCUGUUGCUGGGUGGGAAACUGAAACACUUGUUUCUGCAGCAAUUCACUGAUUAGCCAGCUGACAGAAAAAUAAGAUGUGGAUAUUCUGAUAAUCAUCAUUUCUAGUAUGGUUGCAUCUCUUCAAACAUCACUAUUAGCUGCUUUAAAAAAAAAAAAAAAGAUUCUAAAUUAAAUAUCUUUGGACUGUUCACCCACUAAAACAAUCAGUUUUAAUACAUUUUUUGCUUUUUGACAUUUUCUAUACAAAUAGACUAACUGACAGAAUAUGAAUUGAUGAUGAAAAAUAAACACUAAUUGCAGCUCGACAGCGACGUGACCAGCAGGACUUAACAGAUCUGAUAGUUCAGUGCAUUUCAGUCAGUAUGUAAAUGAAAACUGGGGGGAAAUAUCCACAAAACUGACUUUUCUACGGCGGGUUUUCUGCGUUUUUCUCAUGUAUCACAUCAUCCUUUAUAAUGUGAGGACCCUAUCAAAACAUUUCUUUUGUGGCUUCUACAGCAGGUUUACUAGAGUGGAUGGAGGGAAGAAAGUAUAUAGAACAUUUUGCACUAUUUUUUUUGUCUGUGUUGCUUCCUAUAAGUGUCUGAAUAUGAGUGAAAGCUAUGUUCAUUACAUUUUGGUUUUAGCAUCGGUGCUCCGUGUAACACGAUUGGCCUUCUGGAUCUAAUAAAUAAUCCGACUUUAAGGACAGAACAUAGUGAUGGAACUCAAGUUUGAUGGGAUGAAAUGUGUCUUAUUAAUGUCCAAAAAAUAAUAAUUGGAUGUUUUUGUUUCUUUUAA